AUGGAUGACUUUGUGCGCCGCGUUCAAAAUAUAACCAUCGGCGGCAGAUAUCACCUGCAACGAAAAUUAGGGUCUGGGUCUUUCGGCAAGGUCUAUCUAGGGCGUGACGCCGACAGUGGAAAUGAAGUCGCGAUAAAACUCGAGCACUACAGCGUGGGCCCGUCUUUACUCGAAGAGGAACCGUCUAUCUAUCAAGCUCUCACCGGAAACCCAGGCUUCCCGAAGGUGUAUUGGUUUGGUCAAAAGGAUGAUUUUAUGGCCUUGAUCUUCGAGUUGCUCGGGCCCAACUUGGAGGACUUGUUCCGAUACUGUGGCAAUCAGUUCUCUAUGAAGACAACACUGAUGCUUGCUGGAUCAACUGCUUCGCCGCCUUGA